ACAAAAACAAUGCGCAGCGAGUUCAAAGGUCACCAGUUUGCCUUUUAAGAUGGCGGCCGAGCCAGCACGGGAAUGGAGCGAUGAGCAGCUGAAAAGUGAUGAUUUACCCAAAAAAGACAUAAUAAAGUUCAUCCAAGACAAUGCUUCACACUCGUUCCUCAAUGAGCACAAGCUGCUGGGAAAUAUUAAAAAUGUGGCCAAAACAGCAAAGAAAGAGCAGCUCGUGACAGCGUACAACCAGCUGUUUGAGAGUAAAAGAUUUAAAGGCACAGAACCAGAGGAGCUGACCGAGCAGGUGAAAGCAGUGAAAAUAGAAGAAAAGCCCAAAGAAGUGAAGGCAGAAGUGGUGGAUGAGGGUCCUCCAAAGUACACCAAAUCCAUCCUAAAGAAAGGCGACAAGACAAACUUUCCUAAGAAGGGUGACACUGUGAGCUGCUGGUACACUGGUACUCUAGAAGAUGGAACGGUGUUUGACACGAAUAUACCCUCAGUGGCGAGAAAGAAGAAGCAGGCUAAACCUCUGAGCUUCAAAGUAGGCAUGGGCAAAGUCAUCCGAGGAUGGGAUGAAGGCCUUCUGACUAUGAGCAAAGGGGAAACGGCCCGGCUGGAGAUUGAAGCGGAGUGGGCGUACGGGAAGAAAGGCCUCCCUGACUCCAAAAUCCCUCCUAAUGCAAAGCUGAUUUUUGAGGUUGAGCUGGUGUCUGUGGAUUAAACAGUCCACCAGCAUUGCUCUCCAUAUGCAGCUUUUGGAUCCCUAUGUUGAAAUGUCGUUUGGACUGCACUAAAACAGUCCACUUUGCCUUUAUCUAGUCACAUGUCAUUUGUUUAAACCAGAAUGAUUGUAAUGUUUCCGUGUACAAAAUAAAGUUCUUAGUUUGUACAAAAGACUUAAUUACUUCAUUUUAAUUUUCACAUUUAGCUGUUUCAUUGAACUUGUACAUUAAAGAUGCUAUGAAAUAAAAGCACCAAGCUUUUCUACAUUUAUUAUAAUCUAGUACCACGACACAACGCGUUGAAGCCAAGUUAAACUUCUUUAUUCUGUACAGAAAUAAACAUUAACUUGGUAAAAGAUGA